UUUCAUAGACUCCGCGUCUGUGGACGAUGGAUCCAGAGUGGAGCGCGCAGCGGCACCGAGGGACCGGAGCGAGGAUGAGGACGAGAGGAGCAGCGCCGCGCGCCCUGCUGCCGCCUCCUUGCGCCCACGAUCACUGACCAGGAUCCACCCUUAAACAAUCACACACACGCACACGCGCCACACGUGGGACAUGAUGGACUCGGACAGCGCCGUCAUGCUGGAACUGGCCGCCCAAGCCUUCCGGGCGCGCAACUUCGAGCUCGCCGCCGAGAUCUACGAGUGUCAGCUGCAGAGUCCCGGCGACGCGGGAGCGCGCGCGGAGCUGGCGCUGAGGCGCGCUGACGCGCUGGCGUGCGCGGGCCGCCUCGCCGACGCCUUCGACGCGUACCGCGCGGCCGCGCGGCCGGAGGGGCUGCGGCCGGAGCGGCUCGAGAAGCUGCUCGAGUGUCUGGCGGACAGCGUGCGCAGGAAAGAGGGGCUCCCGGCGCGGGGGCGCGCCUCCGACCCGUUCGCCUGCGCCGCGUGCCUGGGCUUCCUGUGCGAGCCCGUGACCCUGCCGUGCGGACACUGCGUGUGCAGAAAGUGCCUGGAGAGGGAGAGGAGGCCGGUGCGCUGCCGGGGGUGCCGGCGGGGCUGCAGCAGCAGCCGGGGCUGCCGGGAGAGCUGUGCGAGCUGUGCGGACAGGUGCGGCUCCGCCGUGCCCGACGCGCACCGGUACCGCGUGAACGUGGUGCUGAGCCACCUGCUGUCCAAGUGGUUCCCGUCGCAGACGCGCGCCGUGCAGCUGCGCCUCGAGGGCAACGCGCUCUUCGCGGACAAGCAGCCGGACGCGGCGCUGCGCAAGUACGACGAAGCCAUACGGCUGGCCCCCAGGGACCAUGUGCUGUUUAGUAACCGCUCUUUGAUCAACGCCAGUCUGAAGAAGUUCGACGAGGCCCUGAGCGACGCGGAGAUGGCGUGUGAACUCCAGCCUCAUUGGUUAAAGGGACAUUUAAGGAAAGCUCAGGCGCUCGGCAGCUUGAGGAGGGCGGAGGAGGCUUUGACGGAAUACCUGUUGUGCAUCGCCUUGGAGCCGGAGAGCAAACUGGCCAAGUCCGAGGCGCUCAAGCUGCUGAGCGACCUCUUUGCUCCGGUGCCCGAUCGUGUGCAGGAGAGGAUCCCCGACUGCAGCAGCCUGCUGUCCUCCAGAGCCAGGAUAAAGGGAAGCGCAACCGGCACCUCGACCCCCCGCGGGAUCGCCGUCGCUCCUCGCCCCUACAAGGAGUGUAAGACGAGCGAAGAGGCACAAGCAAACGCACGAGACAAACCGCAGUCACCGGCGACGUUGGGCCUCGCCGAGGAGGGGGCGACGAGGACCCCCCGCAGCUGGCCGAAGGGUGAAGACGGAGGCCGGUCCAGCGGGUUCCACCCUGCCCUGGUCGACCGGAGCCUCCUUCCCAAGCGCAAGCACGGCUCGGUGGAGGAAGGCCAGCCGGGGGUCGAGGGCGGAGCCUGCAAGCGCGCCAAGACGGAGAGCUCCCGGAAAGACGCUGCAGCCUCCUGGUGCGCGGUUCGGAGGGAACUCGUCGACGCCGCUGACCUGGACUGCUCGCUCUGUAUGAGGCUCUUCUAUGAGCCCGUCACCACGGCGUGCGGCCACACCUUCUGCCUAAAAUGCCUCGAGCGCUGCCUGGACCACAACUCCCAGUGUCCCCUCUGCAAAGAGGAUCUCUCCGAGUAUCUGGCACAGAGGCGGUACUGCAAAACGUUCCUGAUGGAGGAGCUCAUAGCCCAGUACCUCCCGGACGAGCUGGUCGAAAGACAGAAGGCGAACGAGGAGGAAAUUGCUGAGCUCUCCAACCUGAACAAGAACGUGCCUAUAUUCGUGUGCACCAUGGCCUUCCCCACUGUGCCCUGUCCGCUGCACAUCUUCGAACCCUGCUACCGCCUCAUGAUCCGCAGGUGCAUGGAAACCGGCACCAAGCAGUUCGGCAUGUGCCUCGGCGACUCCGUCAAAGGGUUUGCGGAUCACGGCUGCAUCCUGGAAAUCCGGAACGUGGAGUUCUUUGCGGACGGCCGCUCCGUCGUGGACACGAUCGGCAGGAGGCGUUUCAAGGUGGUCCGACACAGCCAGAGGGACGGUUAUAAUACGGCCGACAUCGAGUACCUGGAGGACGAGAAGGUGGAGGGCGAGGAUGAGGCCGAACUGCGGAAGCUCCACGACGCCGUGUACGAUCAGGCUCUGGUCUGGGUGAACUCCCUGAAGGCGGAGCAGAAGCAGCGCAUCAUGGGCCACUUCGGGCCCAUGCCCGAGAAGGAUCCGGAGCCGCAGACGAGCCCCAACGGCCCCUCCUGGUGCUGGUGGCUCCUGGCCGUCCUGCCUCUGGAGGGCCGCGCCCAGCUGGCCUUCCUCUCGCUCGCGUCCCUCAAGGAGCGGCUGAGCGGGAUCCGCAGAGUCCUCCUCUUCAUGUCCCGCAACCGCUCCCGGUGACGGCGGACGGGGCCCCGCCCGAGCACUGGACCGCUUUCCCAUCUUCUCAUCAGACCAAAACAGAUGCAGCCUUGUGUGGCCGCUGUCCGGCUGCACGCACUCUUUUCGGCAAGAAGGUCCGAUGGGCUAAAGACGGAGCCGCGCCGAACGAGUCCCUCCUGCUUUCUUGAGCUGCCGCUCGAUGGCACAAACCCCUCUGCGAAAGCAAUGAAAAUACUUCCAGAAAUAGGAAAUUCUCAAGGUCGUAACAUGUUACUGGGCUAUAAAACCCCCAGCGGCUGCACGGAAACGCAAUGGAGGGAAGAAACGAACGAGGAGGAGAGACGUAUUUUCUCGUCAACCUUUGAUUUGAGAAAGGGAAACGGGCCGGCGCUUUGCACAGUAAGGCGACAAGCCAGCGCUAUUAACGCGCUCCCAAACGAAGGGCUGUCUUCGUUAGUCGCUGCCCGACGCCCUCCGGAGAUCCGGUCCCGGUUUCGUCCGCCGCGGAGGACGCGUUUUCGAGCGCGUCCCCGAACGUGGCGGCGCAAGCGGCGAUAAGUCUUAAUGCGCCUCGCGGAGGAGGAUCCGCGACCGGAGCGACGGCACGUGUUCGAGGGAGGCUUUUGGACCGCUUCCUAGAAAUCCUAGGAAUAAACCCGAAAACGUUCUUUUGCCGGGUCUCAGGCGGUCGCUCUUCUGCGUUUUUGCCAAACCCUUUCGGAACACGUCGAGAGGGUUCGAGGAGUCUCGUCCGACGCUUUUCACGUUAAGCGGUCCGGGGGCCCGACCCAUAGAGGACCGUUCUGCCGUCUGUCUGCCUGCGAAACCUUUCUUUCUUUGCUCAUCUGCUUUAUAAGAGGUUUAAAGCGGCGAGCGAUGAGCGGCGAAAAGGCCAAGAAGCUGAAACGCUGCGAGGUCUUUACUGUCCGAUCUGAUGUUUACACUAGAACGAAGUGUCCAAAAAAGGGAAGCGGUAGCUGCGGAUGAUUAUUGACACGGAGCGUAGAAAGGCCCGGGACGGCCGCCGCACGGCUGCGCGUGGACCGACCGUCCGGUCCAGUCCCAUGUGGGCACUCUGGGUUCCCUGGGGCCCGUGGCCGAGGUGACCCGCCGCCACCUCUCGGCCUUCUUCAUUUGCACUAAACGGGGGGCGACUCCCGGUCCUCCGCUCCGACGCGACCGAACAAAACCGUCCGGGGUGGGGGGGGGCGAACGGACCGUGCCGCCGGACCCGCUCCGGUUCCGGUUGAAAUUAAAGAAGCUUUUUGGCGUUCGAGCUUCGCGCCCCCGCCAAACCUUUAACGAAGCCCUUGGAAAGCGGAGGCCGAUCGCUGGGAAGCGCAGCUCCGCCACGUUCGCAACUUUCUUUCUCGCUCUGUGAACAUCUCGUGCCUUACGCUCGAUAUCUUCCAUGUCACCGGUACCAUGCAAUAACUCAGUAGAUGGUAGCAGAUCCCUUAGUCGAUAGGGAAUUAUUUUCUGUCUUAAAUCCGAGAGAAAGCUUAACGAUUUCCGCCUCUCCACUUUCGGAGGCACGAGAGCCAAUCUAACGAUAUUAUUCGCUAAAUACGCGUGCAAUGGAAAGCGGAAGCGGAAGCGGCGAUGGAUUUUUACUGUGGUAAACGAGACAACGGCUAGUGGUACUUUUGCUUUAAAAAAGGCGUAAUCUUCAGCGAAAAAGCAAUAGUGUGAAAUAUUGUGAAAUUGGUCUUAUGUGUACAGAUAACGCUGGAGAUCCUGUUAUUGGAGCUGGAAAUGUCAGGAAGAGCAACAUGUAGUAGUAAUAAUAAUAAUAAUUCUGAUUAUUAUUCUGAAAUGUGAUAACAAUAAUAGUGAUAAACUUUACAGAGCACCUUUAAGAGCAGCAUCUCAAAGCACUUUACAGUUUAAAAAAAAAAAAAAAAAAAAAAAAGAGUGAUGUGACGGGAAGGUAAAUGGGCCAAGUUCAAACUGUGCGUUAACCAACUUCCAAGGUGAUGUGUUCCUGACGUUUCCAAACUCCGUUAUGCAACGCUGCACUCGGUUCUCUAAGUUGACCUACCUCUCUGACAUGUGCAUUUAGUUCUUCCGCUGCGAAUACUAAGGAGAGAAGAAAAAAAAAAAAAGACAUUUUGAUCUGGGUGUUAGUAUUUAUACAGUAGUGACCAUCAUUUUCUUAUUCUCAUGGUUGUGCAAAGAUGGCCUCAAAGUGUAUUUACAUUGACUGUGUUUACAUCGAACUGAAUGUACGUCGUAGGCGUCGCCGUCGUCCUGUUUUCUACGUGUUGCCCUAGUCGUGCGUCUCCGCUGCGUUACGUGCUGUACAAAAUCCACUCAAUAAAAGUGUUGUUCUUGCUUUCGGGGCCUUUCCUGCUUUUUCAUCUUGGACGGAAACGGCAGCGACGCCGGCGUGUCACCCGGGGGCAAGCGGAGGGUCGCCGUGGUCUGGAGCCUAUCCUGGCAGCCAAGGCUCUGAGACGGGGUACAUGGAUUAUACCCGAUACAAUAUACCAGAAGUCAAACUUGGGGGAAGAGGUGGGAACCUCAAAUGGUCUGCGUUAAACCCAUGAGCUGCAAAAAAAAAAAAAAAAAAAAAA